CUGAGCACUAAUAUCCGUUUAAAAAUUGUCAUAUAUAUCUUAAAAGAUCAGAGUGUGUUUCUAUAAAGACUCUUUUAAGGCCUUUUACAAUCCAAAACCUUCCUCCUCAGGACCUGUUUAAUAGAGAGAGACGCUUUGACGAGGAACACUCAAAGAAGAUGGAGUUGGUUCUGAGUUUAGGGGAAGCUUCAAAGCCAUUCCCAUUUGUGGAGAAGACAACUGCAAGGAUGAACAUUAACCCUGGUUUAGGAUUUUGUAUGGCCUUAGGCGUUGUUGGGGUCAAUGGAGGAGAUGCAGACGACGGAGAGGACGAUGAACGAGGAGGUAGCAGAGACGGGGAAGAAAGAAAAAGAAAAAGGGAGGGAGAAGAGAGAGAAGAGAGAAGGGUCUCUGCAGAUCCACCCCUCCAGCUUGAUCUUCUACCUCUUGUUCCUGUGCCUCGUAAUCCACCUUCUUCUUCAUCAUCUUCUUCUCAGAUGGGUUUUCCAUGGCAAACUGCAAACGGGAAUCAUGAAGCGGGUUCUUCGGAUCUUUUGGGGGCUGCGGUUGCGAGAGGGUUCGACGUGAAUCGGUUGCCGUCGGCGGAGGAAGCCGAUGAUGGUGCUGCAGUAUCUUCUCCUAACAGUACUCUAUCGUCGUUCCAGAUGGAUUUCUCCAUGUUCAGAGGAGGGAGCAGUAGCAGCAACAAAAGAUACAACGCUGAAGCCACCGCCGCCGAUGCCAUGAACGAUGUCGAUACGACAGAGAGAGCUUCCUCGAGAGCGAGUGACGAAGAUGAGAAUGGCCUCUCUCGGAAGAAGCUUAGGCUCUCCAAAGAACAGUCCGCCUUCCUGGAAGAGAGCUUCAAAGAGCACAAUACCCUCAACCCUAAACAAAAGCUUGCUCUUGCAAAACAACUCAAUCUUCGACCUCGACAAGUAGAAGUUUGGUUUCAGAACAGAAGAGCCAGGACGAAGCUAAAGCAGACAGAGGUAGAUUGUGAGUAUCUGAAGAGGUGCUGUGAGACACUGACGGAGGAGAACAGAAGACUACAGAAGGAGCUGCAAGAAUUGAGAGCCUUGAAGACUUCCCAUCCCUUCUACAUGCAGCUUCCGGCGACUACCCUCUCCAUGUGCCCAUCGUGCGAGCGAGUAGCCACUGCUUCUACCACCACCACCGCCGCCGCCGCAGCUGCCGCUGCCGCUGCAGGCACCACACCCACCCCAAGCCCAACAGCAAACACCACCAUCGACACCACGCCCAUGACCCCAAGUCGCAAACCCACCUCGGCCUUUUCCCUCACAAAACCCAGAUUCUAUCCCUUCUCUCACGCUCAUACCAACCCUUCCCCUGCUUCAUGAGCACCACCACCCACCCAUCUCUCCAUCCUUCCAUCAUCCAUCCAUCUGUGGCCUGUGCAUGCAUGCAUGCCGUUUGAUGACAUUGGUUCUUUGCCUGUUAGGUCUGUUGUGUAAAUAGUUAGUGGGUUUGUGUUCUUCUAGGGAGAGAGCAUGAAUUGGGUAUUUUUGAUACCUACUUCGUUUUGUGCCUUUUUUUUU